AUGUCGCAGGGAGAAACAAGGCCACAUCUCACCAUUAUAAAUACACUAGAGCACCCAGGUAUCCCCCACCCGCCGGGGACGAAGGAUCAGCAGCAGUUUUGGUCCCACAAAUCGGACACACCAGCUCCGGCGGUUGUCUACCUGCCAGACACGUUGGCUCCGACCAACACAGAAGAUCUCGACCGAGAUCGACCUACAGUUUCAGGCAUGGCUAAUAGAAAGAAGAAACAUCGACCAAAGAGAACAGCGGAAGAGGGAGAGACUAUUGGAGUUCACUUUGGAGGAGUUCUGAAUUCAUUUUCCCGUUCACCUUCCAAACUAUCCAUCUUGGCUAUAUUUUUUUUAAACUCUUGAACAUAGCAUUUUUUUUAUUGUUAUGUUUUCU